AUGAAGCUCGAUCUCGAUCCGCCUUUGACAUCUAGUCAGGGAUCUGAAGAAACUUCGCAAUAUCCCUCCACUACGACACCUGCAUGCCACGAGAAAGACAAUACACUAAAGAGCCCAAGCGAAUGGAAAGACGCGAUACAUAUUCUCUUUGGCCACUUUGGUUGUUUCAAUUCCUGGGGUAUGGUCAAUAGCUUCGGAAUCUUCCAGCAAUACUACACAAACGAAUUCCAUUGGUCAUCUUCAACCACGUCUUGGAUCGGAAGUAUUCAGAUUUUCCUUCUAUUUGCCGUCGGUGUUUUUGCCGGUCGUGCAGUGGAUGCGGGUUACUUUCGAUCGACUCUCUAUCUGGGCAUUUCCUUUCAAUUGCUCGGUCUGUUUGCUGCUUCCGCCGCAAAGGAAUACUGGCAGUUUUUACUAGCCCAAGGAGUUUCACUUGGGCUUGGCCAUGGCCUUAUCUUCGUUCCUGCGGUCGCUGCUGUGUCAUCAUAUUUUCGUCGAUGGAGAACACUUGCCGUGGGGCUUGCCUCCGGGGGGCUGCACUUGGUGGGCUGA